AUUCUGCGUCACCUGUACCAUCAAGAUCAAGAAGAUCAAGAUCAAGAAACAAACCCGCCGCGCGACGUAUCAAUCUUGGGUGUGUGGAUGUUUGUUGUUGAGUGUUGCCUCUGUGGUAUCGCCUGCAUUGUUCAUAUCAUUUGGCCUUUCCCAUAAGAUUAUCACUUUAAUGAGACAGAAUACAGUAAUAUAGAGCCGUUGAAUCACAGCUCACACCUACAAGGCAGGCAGUGAGCAGAAUGGUGAGAGGCCAAUUCACUGUGUAAAUAGGCUCACCAUCCCGAAGCCAGUUGCUCUCAAAAGUAUGGAUAAAGAACAAACAGGAAAUGAAAUAAAAAAUGCAAUUCGAAAUGAAAUUAAAAAGGAGUAUCUGCAGUCUAUGAUUGAUCAGUUAAUAAGAGACAUAAUUCAAGGAGAGCUUUCAGAAUCAAAGGAUGUGGAUGCAGAUGCUGUUGUGGGGCAUCUGUUGGACUCCACAGCAGUGCAGUCAUUGAUAGAGAGAUUAGGUGUUACAAACCAGAAGUCUCAGCAUCAAGUGCCUUCCGCAAUAAAUGUUCCUCAGAAUAUUAAAGAUGAAAUGCUUGGUGGAAGACAAUAUUUAUAUUUGAAAAUAUGUGGUGGAAGAGCCUUCAUGGACCACUUGGGAGUUAGUAAUUCUGGUGGCCCUCACCAGCCCUUCUUUGUCAUCCAUGUGGCACUCCAGACUCAAAGAUAUAAAACUCGUCGAAUCAGUUGUGAAUGUGACCCUCAGAUCUCUGAGGGAUUUCUAUUUGAUUUGCAACAACUGAAACCAGGUUAUGCUGCCAAAACUUUGGAUGCAGCAGAGCUGCUUUCCCUCACUGAACCCAUAACUUUGAUUGUGGUGAAAGAAGGACAAGUAGCCAAUCCAACUUUAGUCUCUGUUUACACUCUAGAAUGGCAUUCACUUUUAACACAACCAUCAUCAAGUUGCAAAUUUGUGUGCCAACUGAUGGGUAUUGUGAAUGUAAACAAACAACUACCCACCAAGAUGUCUUCCUCCAGUGAUGAUGCUGAAGCGGUGGUUGCUCUUAUUUUGGCUUACUGGAAGAAUCAACAGAAAAGAAAAUGCCUGUGGAUACGUCCCUGGUUAAGUAGAACUUCUCUUACAGUACAUGUUUUCUUUCUCAUAUACAGAGCAGAACAUCAAGUACCAGUUGGAUUAUUGGACAUUGAAGCAACAUUAUUACCCCCUGUUGAAAAAGUCAUUCCACAUAAGGUCUUUGUAGAACACCUUCAUAGCACAGAAACACGCAUAGGGGAAAAGCGGCGACUUUUUGUUAGUUAUGCCCGUGAGUGGUGGAGAGAGUAUACAGAGGCCUCAGAAAAACAUAGAAAAAGGAUGGUCAGAAUAUUUGCCAUGGAUGAAUGUGGAAAAAAUAGAUUUGUUUGUGAGUUUGUGAGAAUACUUGAGGUGGGUCAGGCUCUGAAAUCACCUGAAGAGGCUGCACGCUGGGUCUCUGUCCUGCCCACCAUCCUGGAACAUCAGUUGCCUGCAGGUCCUACUAAACCAUGGUAUACACUUGGGACUGCUGUUAUAGCUGGCUCAUUGAACAUAGAAAGCAAAUGUAGUCUGCUGUGCAGUCUUCUCCUUGGCUUUGGCCUAGAUGCCUGGAUAUGCGUAGGCACCAAUCAGUCCGGACAGCCUCAAGUAUGGAUCAUGACCAGGGGACCCUAUACAGCUGUAACUUUUUGGGAGUCUAUAACAGGUUCACGGUACUUGCAUAGAGUUGGUCAACGUGCUGCUCAUGGCUAUGCUACUGUUGGAAGCGUCUUCAAUAACAAAGCAUUUUAUGCAAAUUGCCAGGUAUCAGAGAAGAUUGAAUACUGCAGUUUUGUUCUUGAAGAUGCCACUAUCUGGAAAAAAAUGUCCUACACAGCCACAUCAAGCAUCGUGGAGAAAGAAGCCUACCAUUUGAAGUUAGUGUCUCCUGUAGACAAUGGAAAUGAGAGGAAAAUUAACAUGGAAAAGCAGUUGAAAAUAUUGAUAAUGGAACACAGGAAUGAACAUGGCCUGAGUACUCAUUUUGAUGAUCAUCUGAGCUAUGUGUUGACACCUGCUCUGUGGUCUUAUGAGAGAGAGGCCAUAGAUAGUGGUGGACUUGCUGAAAUCAGAAGUGCAGAGUUUUUUUCUGCUGCACUCAUGAACACCGUGCCAGAAGGAUAUACAUUCAAAGGAUUUCCCUUGCAUUUUAUGCAUUCUUCAUCAAAACGAGCUUUCAGUGCUAUAUCAAAUUCCAGUAUUGGCCGUGAAAUAAUUGAGUGUCGAGGAGAUAAUGUCACCUUGGCUGUACGUGCUAUCACCACCUGUUAUCCUGAAAAUGUGUUUGUCACAUGGGUUAUGGUAGCAUGUACCUUUAGGCAGUUAGGAUGACAUGUACAAGCAUCAAGCAUGUCAUCCAUAUCUAGAAGUGUUGCAUGAUAAUUUAGUUGUUCUGAUGACCACAAAGGAGCAUAUUUUCAUUCAUAUUUCUGGCAUACUCUCAAACAAUCCACGCAAGUUUCUCUCUCUCUCUCUCUCUCUCUCUCUCUCUCUCUCUCUCUCUCUCUCUCUCUCUCUCUCUCUCUCUCUCUCUCUCUCUCUC